UUAACCAAUUUGUUUUUUGUUACAGAUAAGAUUACGGCAGGCUUGACCUGCAGGUCAUGGAUGUUACCUUCACCAACGUACUGGAGGGCGCGCGACAGUACUUCCAGGGGCUGCCGACAGGAUCUAAUUCAGCGGUGAGCCCCGCAUAUUCUUCGGAACAACACCUUAGACAUGACUAUGAUAGAGGAAUACCGCCAUCUUCCGGUGCGUACUGGUCGUCGCAUCCCACGGAUGCGCAACCUUCUCCGAGAGAUCACACGCCCGGUCAAAGAGAGCACACACCGGUUCAGCGGGAGCAUUCGGUGCUCAGGGAGCAUGCGUCGACGCCAAAAGAACACCCUAACAUUCAUAGACCGUCGUCCCAUGGGUCUGAUUCCUCUUCGCGGCCAUCGUCUCAUCAGUCACCGUAUGCACCAAACGUUCAGGUGCCAGUGGAACAACACAGGCAGUACUAUCCAGCACAUUACCAAGAGCAUUAUCAAAUGUCUCAACUCCAUCAACAGCAACAUAAUAAACAGUCACAACAUCCGCCGCAACAACAUCCACAGCAAUCACAACAUCUCCAGCAACCUCAACAAGCUCAGCAGCACCCGCCGCAACAGCAACAUCAUCCUCAACCUCAACAACCGCCGGAGCAGUACCAGCCAUCGAGACAAUCUUUUGAGUUUUCCCGGCCGCAAGCACGAGAGACUACCACGUAUUCUCCCUAUCAGGCUCAUAUAUCCGCAGCCGGUUCUCCUUACCAACAAGCUCCUUCUCCUUAUCAAGUUCCAUCUCCUCAACAACCUAGAGCGCCGUCUAGGGAGCAGAUGGUUCCGCGUGUGCCAUCUAGGGAGCAAACUAUUCCCAGGGUACCAUCUUACGAACAGUUAGUUCCAAGGGCUACGAGAGAACAGCAGUACACUCAGCCAGCUGAUGCUUAUUAUUCGCAAUCGUAUUCAUAUUAUCAGCAACCUCAAACUAAAGUUGCAACCAAUAAUGUCCCGUAUAAACCUCCUGUUCAACAACAGUAUCCUGCCUCUACCCAGCAACAAAGUAUGUAUUAUAAACAAAUAUAUGCCCCGCAGCAAAAUCAUCAAUCUGUAUUUGCUGCUUCUAGGCAAGAAAUUCAAACUUCCCAAGCUAGUGUACGAACUAAUCCUGUCGAUCAAACUGUCAGAACUACUCAUAAUUUACCCCCUAUAGCUGCGAUAUCCAAUUAUCAUUCCAGUCGUUCAAGAGAACCUGCUCGUCCCGUUACAACAACCACUGUUAAUAGAACGAGAACUACUAGUUCUACUUCUUACACCUCAACUCACAGUAUUCCUACUACAAGCUCUAUAAUUCAACCCAACCCCGCAGUAUCUGUACCAAAUUACCCGAGUUAUCGAACAAAUCCUUCUCAUAUAUAUCAACCGGCUCCAACAGUCACUACUCAAUCAUAUACUCAAGUUAUAAUGACAGCUUCCAAUUCAACCGCAAGUUAUUACCAUUCAAACCAAAGUCAGUCUUCCAGUCAACAUUUUCAACAUUCUGGAAUACCUGCAAGAUCUCAUGCAAAUGAACCGCCACCUUCUACUUCUACUGCGGACAACAACAAUGGUCGUAUAUUAGUUAAACGAGAGUCGCCAUUAGAUUUGUCUGUGAAAACAGUUAGAACUCCUGCAGAUUCUACGCUAGGAGAUGCUGAUCAAGAUAUUCGAAACAAGUAUCUUCAAAACCAUCGACCAUCUACAUUAUCGGCCCAUAACUAUCCACAACUGGACGUGAACUCAUUUCAAAGAAAUCUCACUCAAAGAUCUACGCAACUGACAGCUGCCACUGCGCCUAAAGUAGAAUUUCGGCCUAAUUUCAACGUGCCAAGUCUAAAUCAACCUAGAAGGCCUUUAGAAGAACCUCGAAGAAGUAUAAUUCCUGAAAAAGCUCACUCCAGUAACAAAUUGCAACAACUGGAUCCCAAAAACGUUAUGUAUAGGUACCCUACAGCUUCGGUACCGACGUCUGCUCACGUGAACUCAUACAUACGAUCAGCUCCAAAACAGCAGUCGAUUCCAACCAGUAUACCGUCAGUACCUACUCCUAGAUUUAACGUGAACGAGAUUACGCCGAAGAGACCGGCUGAAAUUAUAGUACCGCCAGUAGUUCCAAAUAAGCUUCCUAAGCUUACAGACAACUGGCGGCAAUCUAUAGAUUUGCAGAUAGAAGAACGAUUAUCUACCUAUAAACAGCAGCAAGCAAAAUUAGCCUCCCCCACCAAGGGCCCCUUAGUAAAUGGAGCAUUUCAAGAUAAAUCUAAAAAUUCGUAUCCAGUCUAUGAUAAACCAAACUACGAAACUACUCCUCAACAUUCCACUUACAAUCAGUAUCAGCAUCAAGCUACACAUACACAAACCUAUGUUCCAUCUCCCGCUACACCACAAUAUCCUGGUUACAACCCUACGCAAACAUCGAAUUCGUACCUUCAGCCUACCUCUAGGUCUAACAGCAAUCCUUCGUUAAAUACCGUAUCGAAUUCUAAGAACACAGUAGGCGCAGUAGAUAAACGAGUUUUGAGUCUGCUACGAAACAGCUUAGAAACUAAAGGCCAAAAGAAAUUAGAACAAUUAAAAUCUAAUGACAAUUUCUCACCUCGAACCGAUAUCCAGCAUCCCUCGACGGAUGUUCAAGCUCCUUUACAACCUAAACCGGCCUUUGUAAGCAGAAACAAUGUGUCACCAUUUACGCCUACAAGUUUUCCAGACAACAACAUGGCUUCUAUGUACAAAUUUCAUAUUCCUAAAGCAGUUGAUUCCAUUAACUUCGAAAAUAUCAAAUCGAAUCAACUACAUGACAAACAAACUCAAGAUACUGUGAUAACUAAUCAUACGAAUAGUAUAAGUCCUGAAUGCGAUGGCCUUGCAGCGUUCCUAGCAGCUAGAAUACGUACCAAGGGAGAACUGAAACAAGGUGGACCUCCUGCACAAAAUGCGAACAACCACAAGAGCCAACUUCAAGAAGUUAUAGAAAACCAACUCAAGUCACCAAUCAAACAAGAUACAUCUCAAAGUUCCACACUUUCAUCUAGUAGUUUAAGUGCCAGUCCUCCUAAGCUUCAAAAAGAACGUCCCACUGGUGCUUCUGCUCCUAGGAAAAGAUUAUUCAGUAGAAAUGAGGAAGACCCUACGAAUUCUGCGCUGCCUCCUAGGGAUCCUGGUCUGCGCAGUUCAUCAGAAACAUCAGUGUUUGAUUUCCCAGAUUCCGAUUCUGAAAACGAUGUUAAUCGAGAAUCACUGGAAGCGAUGCGUAAAUGCAGAAAGUCAACAAAACAAACUACUCCGGUCAACGAUAUCAAAUUAGAGAUGUCUCCACCAAGAGUUCCUAUACCAGAAGAUGACAUGUUCUCUCAACUCUGUGAUAAUUUUUUAGAACAAUUAAAAAGCGGUGUAGGUAAAAGAAAAAUUAAGAAGAAAGAAACGGACGGAGAAACUGUAGUAGAUCUAGAAGAUAAUAAAGAUAUAUUUGAUCCUGAAAUAGUUGUAAAAAUAGAACAACCUGAUUUCGAAGAAAAGACAGAAAUAAUAGAAAAAGAGGAAGAGGUAGAAAAAGAAACAACAGAAGAAAAAGAAAAUAACCAAUCUUUGAUGAAACCUAAAGUGGAACCACAGGAGGAUGCUGCAAUUCCUAUCCUAGAACCGGAAGAAAUAAAAAAUGAACUAGAACCAGUCGAAACAGAAUCUAAGGAAGAAGAGGUAUUUAUGGCUAAAAGACAGCAAGUUAGAAAAAGAAUAUUAUCUUCAAGUGAUAGCGAAAUGGGUGAUAAUAAAGAUAGUAAAGAACAGGCUAAAAUUGAAGACAAAUCUAAUACCGAUUCUACAAAAAUUGAGGAAAUCAAAUCUGAGUCAGAAAUCAAAACCGAACCGCCAAAAGAAAAACCUACAUCAGAAGAAACUGGCAAAGAAGAUGAUAAAAAAAUUGAAACUGCGUCGCCCCAAAAGACCGAUGAAGCGGUUCCAGUUGCCCGUCCUUACAAAAAACCAUCAUUUGGUGAUGGUUCUGAUUUUUAUCCUGGUUGGGAAGAGGGAGUGUACAAGUACAAAAGGUCUUUACGUAUGCCUCCAACUUUGAUCUCAUUGACAAGACCUCCAUCUUUUCACAGGGUGUCAACCUCUCUUCCAGACUUAGACCCUUGUCCGCAAUCACCGACAACUUCAAUUUCCUGUGAUGAUAAAGACAUGAAACCUAAAGACAAAUGUAUCAAGUCUGAACCUUUAGACAGUGAUACAGAAUCAAAUUCUAGUUUUAACAUUUUUUCAAAGAAAAUUAAUUACGAUUCUGAAGGUAGUUCUUCUAUUAAGAGUUUGCCAAAUUCGGUAAAGGAAGCGUCAAUUUUGGAUAUACUCUUAGAAAAAUGUGUAAAUAGAAAACGCAAGAAGUACAAAAGAAAAGACGACCACAAGCCUAAAAUCAUUCCCAAGGCAGAAAGUGAAGUAGAACUACUUGCCACUCCUAGUUUGGAUAUAAAAGAAGAGAAUAACAAGACAAAUAAGAAGUUAUCGAGAUCUCCUGUCGUUAAAGCUGAAUCACCUCUUCUGGGUUUUAGGAAAUCUACCAUAAGUAAUUAUAAAGAUGCUUUCUUGAAAUCCAACAAUAUAUUAAAUAAUCAGUUUACAACCGUUGUCAUGAAUUCGAGGACUCGGCGUGAAACCAGGGUUCAAAAACAAAGAGCUACAAUCAAAGAAGUCUUCGGCGAAGACAGACCUGCUUCAGCGCCCCCUGUGACAUGUGUCAACGAUAUCCAGAUAAAAGAAGAAGUUCCAGCGGAGAAUCGUUUAGGCAAUCUAGUUGUAAGGUUGGAAAAGAAGGACUCUUUAAAUGAAAAGAUGGCAGAUUUGAAAAAAGAACUAGAUUUAAGAAAAGCAAUGAGUUCUAAGACAAACAUUGAUUUGAAAAAAGAAGUAGCAAUAAAGAAAGAAAUCAUAGAAGCUGAUACUGCCAGUGCUGAUGCCAUCGAAGAAAAAGAAACUAAAAAAGACGCUGAUACACUUAAGACUAUAAUAAAGACUGAGGUAGAAGAAGAAUCGAUUAUCGAAGACGAUACCAGAAGUUUGGACAAUAUCACUAUAAAAUCAGAGACACCUUCGAUAGAUGGGGACGAAGGGAGCGUAUCGGGCAAAAAACGUGGCAAAUUCGGAAAGAUCAGGCGGAAAUUGAGUUCUGGUUUUGAUUACAUUCGAAAGAAGAAGAAAGUGAAGAAGGAGCCUGUUGAAACUGACACCGUUGAGAAGAAAAAGAAAAAAGGCACUGUUUCGAAGACUCUCGAAUCAGUGGAUGACAUCCAGAAGGAGAUCAAGACCUGGGUUCUUAACAAAGGAAUUGGAGAAACCCAUUUACACAGAGCUGCUAGAUUAGGAUAUACCGAUGUCACAGCUUAUUGCCUGGAGAAAAUGGACUGCCACCCAUCUCCAAGAGACAACGCAGGUUACACUCCUCUACACUGGGCUUGUUCCAAAGGACACCUUCAAAUAGCGAAGCUGCUUUUACUUUAUGGUGCUAAUCCGAGCGAAAGUGCCCAAGGAGGUAUCAGGCCGCUUCAUGAAGCAGUGGAGAACGGUUGUGUUGAGAUAGCCAGGCUACUACUUUCAUAUGGUGCUGAUCCCACAUUGGCGACCUAUUCAGGUCUAACGCCCUUGGCUCUAACCAACGACGAGGUAACCAAAGACUUCCUGAUGAAUCAUUUGAACGAUAUAGAAGGAGAAGCUGGAUCGCAAUGGAAUUUACAUGGUCCAGCUACUGUGUUUGAUCCCGUGGACCAAAUGGGUUACAACGUUGUAGAAGAUGCCCCUGAACCAGAUCCCGCGAUAGAGGAAGAAGAAACGGAAUUCGAAUUGUCAGAAUCACUUCCACCUAACCUCUACACGUUACGCAAUGAACCCCCCACCGACCGAUGGGUACUGCUGCAGGAUCUCUCGACGAUCCUCAAGAUCAAGUCCAGAGAUGCUCUCCUGAAACAGAUCUGCCCGCCGAGCCAGCCCUCUACAUCCAGCGGCAUUGCGAACUACAAAUCGGUGCUGCGAGAACUCAAGAUGGCGGAGUUCUUGGAACAGGCGCGGUGUUGUCAGUUUUUGAACGCUGGUGAAAAAAUCAACACACGCGCAACUAAGAUAGCGUUAGUGAAAUAUACCGACAAAGUAAAGGAACUUCUGAAUAUCGAAAGUAUGUUCGUAAAGCCGAGGUGA